GACAGCUCUGAGCUCUGAGCUGACAGACUACCUUUCCUUGGAGUGAACCAGGGAUCCCAGCUUUCCAGAAACUUCAGUAGUCUUUGCUCCUCCAGGCUGGGGAAGAGACUGAGCAGAAGCAGGGCAGGGAGGGGGGAGUGCCGGGAAGGGCAGGGGCGGGGAAAGCCCUCCAGGGGACCAAACCACGUUAGUCACAGCUGAGCAGUUUCACUUUCUUUCUCCUCCUCUUUGAAGGGCCUGGAAAGAGUUGUCUCUGAACUUCCCAGAGGCUCCGAGGUGGUACAAGGGCACCUUCAGGGCUGUGUAGGGGAUGGCAGGAGGGGACAAUGGAUCCAGCAGCAGUGGACCGUCCUUCAUACCAGAAGUUUUCCAGGCAUUGGUAGCCUCUUGUAAACCAGUUUCUACCUCUUCAUGAAAUGUAUCCCUCAGGACAAGCUCAGGGUACCUGAGCGAAGAGGAGUCAGCUGACUAUGGGCUCAUCUUCAAGCACUUCAGAGAAAAUAAGGUGGAAAUCGCGAGCGCCAUCACAGACCCCUUUCCUUUCCUUAUGAGUCUCCGAGACCGCGGCUACAUCUCUGAGCAGAAGUUCCGGAAUUAUCAGCAAAAUUGUGAAAAGCAGAUUCCGGUUGGAAGAGUGGUAUAUGACAUCCUCAGUGACCUACAGAACAAGUUUACCCUGUCGCUUCUGAAAUUGAUAUUCAGCCCAACGCAUCUGAAGGCCUAUCCAGAUUUAAAGGAGACUUUCAGAAACUUCCCAAAUGGAAAAAAGAAAGGUUACAACUUGUCAAGAGUAAAACGGAGGCGGACCUGGUGCCUCUUUAGUGAAGCGGCAGCUGAGGAGACUCCGGCGUUCGCCAUGGCCGACGAGAAACCCAAGGAAGGAGUCAAGACCAAGAACAACGACCAUAUUAAUUUGAAGGUGGCGGGGCAGGAUGGCUCUGUCGUGCAGAUUAAAAUUAAGAGGCAUAUACCACUUAGUAAACUAAUGAAAGCCUAUUGUGAACGACAGGGUUUGUCAAUGAGGCAGACCAGAUUCCGGUUUGAUGGACAGCCAAUCUAUGAAGCAGACACACCUGCACUGUUGGAAAUGGAGGAUGAAGAUACGAUUGAUGUGUUCCAGCAGCUGACAGGAGGUGUCUACUAAAAAGGGAACCUGCUAUUUUACUCCAGAAUUUUGUUAUAGACCAAGAAUACAUUCGCAAUUAGAAAGCCGCAAUUUGGUUUCACCACAUCCUGACUAAUACAGUAUACUUUUCUCUAUUUUUUCAUUUCCCUGUCCCCAUUUCUUUAUUGUACAUAAAGUAACUGGUGUACACGCACAAGCAUAUUGCGCUUUUUCCUUUUUUCUUUUUUUCUUUUUUUUUCUUUUUCUUUUUUAAACUAAAUUGCCAAUGUUCUGUUUUGAUUGACAUCAGAUGGAGGUGGUCGGGGGAAGUACUGGUUCUGUGAAAAUACCCCCUGCUCCAUUAGUGGCAUGCUCAUUCAGCUCUCGUCUUCAUAUUCCAGUAAGUUAUUUUGCUCUCAAUGUUUUAACAAAAGAACCCAACCACAAAAUCCUUGCAUACCUUGUUCGAUUGGAGAAUUUUAAUGUUUUUCAUUUAUCAUUGUAAAACCAAGGACAAUUUUAUAACUUUUUUUGUACGUAGCUGUUACAUGUAGGACAAUCUAUCUUUAAGUAGGAAUAAAUUACUCUUGAACAAAAUGAUCCUAGAUAGUUUUCCCUUCAAGUCAAGCGUCUUGUUGUUUAAAUAAACCUCUUGUUUUUUU